UCAUUUCUGAAAAGUCAUAAGACACAGGCAAGUUAAAAAACGAAAGUGAAAUCAGCUGAUAGUGACAUCAGUCAGCACAAAUGUACCAAAGUUCAGAGGGCUGUUUACUUGAACCCCGCAGUGAACGCAGGCAGGCAGGACGCAGCUGAGCUGAGUCGGCUUGCAGCCUCUCUCCUUUGCCCUGGUUUCUGGAGCCUGACAUUAGAAAGCAGCCCAGGAGGGAAUCCACUCCCCGACGCUGCUGAUUUCCUGUGUCACCUUUUUGAUGAGUAGUCGUGGGCUCUGGCCUUGGUUUUCGUCCCUCUGCAACCGCAGAAGAAAUGGUUCUCUCCAGGCCCUGGAGGAGCAACUGGCUGCCCUUCGUGGGCAUCAUGAUCACUGUGGCCGUGGCCCUCUCCCUGAUGUUCUAUGCUCUCCUCUGGAAGGCUGGCAACCUCGCUGACCUACCCAACCUGAGGAUCGGCUUCUACAACUUCUGUCUAUGGAAGGAGGACAUAGGUUCCCUAGAGUGUUACAACUUCCCUGAGCUGGAGGUGCUGGGCAUCCCUCAGGUUGGCCUAGCCCUGGCCAGGCUUGCUGUAUACGGGGCCCUGGUCCUCACAAUCUUUGUCCCUCUGCCUCUCCUCCUUGCCCAGUGCAACAGUGACGAGGGAGAGUGGCAGCUAGCUGUGGGCUUCCUGGCAGCAUCCUCCGUCCUGUUGGCCAGCGGACUGAGCCUCUUCCUCUCCUACGUGUGGAAGUGGCUCAGGCUCUCCUUCUUGGGGCCUGGCUUUCUAGCCCUGUGCCUGGCCCAGGCCUUACUCAUCUUCUUGCUUAUGGCCACAGUUUUGUUCCCUCCACGGAAUAAGAAGGAUGAGAGAACAGUUAUUUCUGUCUAAAGGCUCAUGGGAGGACCACAAGGGUUCAGAUCCAGGUGUGCUCCAAGGUGCCAGAGAACCUGUGGCUGGGUGGGUCCUCACAGCCACCUUGCUUUAUAGCUUAUGUUGAUCUCAAGCUCAGGCAGAUGGAGCCCCCCUCCCCCACCUCACCCCCCAAUGAGCAGAAGGGCUGUGGUGUCAAGGAGCACAGAGGCAGCUUGGAUGGCUGGGGUACCUGCAGCUUCCUCCUGUCAAACGGUCUUUUCUUCAUGACUCUGGAGGACUCUGAAGCCAUGUACUAGCUCACUGGCACAUGGAUUCCCACUUUAAUCGACCAUCCUGAGCGAUCCUCACUACAGCCCCAGGCAGGUGGGAGAGCCUGAUGGUCAGAGCCAGAUUUCCAAGCUAGAACUCUGGGAUGGUUAUGGCGACCAAUGGGAGGCUCAGGAAGCUUCUGGCCCUCCAGUGAUGAGCCAUGCACCACAAUUCUGGCCCUGAAGGUCCAGGAAUGAAGCACAGGGCACAAAGAGAAGCCUCGCUGGCUUUGCGGGGUCCCCCUGAAUGGGCCCCUAGACCUGACACCGGACCAGAAUCAGCUGCCAAACCAUUCUUGUAACCCAAGGAUGCAGAUGCAAACUGUGCUGAUGCAUUGAAGGUGAACAGGACUGAGCAGUCACCAAAAACACACGACACAUCCCCUCACCUUACCCAGAACUGGAAAGGCAGAAGCGCGACUCUUAUUAUCGCCCUGGGGCAUCAUCACAUAGUUUUCAGUGUCUGUAUAACAGAAAACCCACUUUGCAACGAGUUCUUCGUUCUGUGCCCAUCAAAAGCCAG